CCCUGAUUGGACUCUGUUCGAGGGAGAUCAUUGAAAUUGGAUCCUGGGGGUUCCUAACUCUUUGUUUAGUUAGAUGCCGCUGUACCACAACUCUUCAACUGCCUCAGCUGGUCUUCUCUUCUACUACCCCUCCCUCUAACCUAUUACCCAUACCUUUAUGACUUGGGUCUCAAUCAGGCAAGUCUCUGUUGUUCUGAUUAUAUCAGUUCGACGCCUUCCUUGACUUGUCCCAUGCCCUGCCCAUCUGUUGUCUUGAUCACUUCGUCUUUGCUUUUAAAUCACUUACAUCACACUCACAUCAACAACUCUACCUUCAGCGACAAUCCUCCACUCUACAUAAUUUUGACAUUCAUACCACCAUGGACUCAGCAACUCUUGAGACCGUUCGGACAGUUGUUCCAUUACUCCCUCUCAUCGUCCGCCAGGGCCUAGCACACAUCCUCAACCUUUCCGACUCAUCCAAAUAUCUCGACCUGCGAAGCGCCAUCAUCAUCGCCUGCCUUCGCGUUGUUCUCACACCAAAAGCUCCCCGUAGUAUAUCAUCUGUUCAACGACUUACACUCCGUGACUCUGGCAUCAAGGGGCACAUCUGGGUUAGCAAAUAUGCCACACCACAACCUCCCGAGACAUCAAUCCGCGAUGCCCUCAUCAGCACACUCGAACACCUCGGAGGCUCCACCUGCCGAGUCCCCGUUCCCGAUCUCGUUGAUGUUGAGGCCGAGUGGACCGGCUACCGGAGCGGUGUAGCCCGUGGCGCUCCGUUGCCUGACGUGUCGGAGCGGGAGAGGUAUCACGGCAUGAUGCAAGAGUGCAAGAAGCCAACAACAGUCUUGUACUUGCACGGCGGCGCUUACUAUCUCUGUGACCCAGCAACACAUCGUCCUACAACGAAAAAGCUGGCGCAGUUGACGGGGGGUCGGUGUUACUCGGUGCGCUAUCGACUUGCGCCGCAACAUCCAUUCCCUGCGGCGUUGCUUGACGCUUUUGUGUCUUACUUCACGCUUCUGUAUCCACCUCCGGAUGCUUAUCAUGACCCUGUGCAACCGGAGCAUAUUGUGAUUGCUGGUGACAGCGCUGGCGGCAAUCUUUCACUGUCGUUACUCCAACUCAUCCUCGAGCUCCGCAGACAUGACUCUCCAAUUCUGUGGCACGGCGAGUUGCGUCAGGUUCCCAUGCCAGCUGGCGUAGCACUCAACUCUCCAUGGCUUGACAUUACACAAAGCUCCCCAACAUGGGAGAUGUCAACACCAACGCCAUGUGAUUAUCUUCCCAAGCCGGAGGCCAUCGAAAAGCGGACAGUCCCUCCGUGUGAGGCCUGGCCAGCUAAUCCACCACGACGCAACAUGUACAUUGCCGACGACCUCGCUGCUCACCCUCUUGCAUCUCUCGUCAUGGCACGCAGCUGGAAAGGGGCGCCGCCUAUUUACCUUUGCACAGGAUGGGAGAUUCUCGCAUAUGAGGACAAGUUUCUUGCUCGCAAACUCGAGGCUGAUGGUGUGCGAGUGGUGUUCGAGGAGUACGAAGGUAUGCCGCACUGCUUCGCUAUGAUGCUGCGCAACGCUCCUGCAACGUCACGGUGCUACAACGGCUGGGCAUCAUUCAUACGUGCAGUAGUGGAAGACCCCGAUAGCAUUGAGUCGAGUGCUGUCAUGAUAAGGGCGAAAACAUGCGAAGAGGUACCAUUGAUGUUUGACCAGCUGAGUGAUGCUUCAGAAGAGGAUAUCCAAAAGAGGGUCUUACAGAAGACAGGGUUAGAAGAUCGCAUUUUGGAAACGCCAGUAGCUAAGCUGUAAAUGGUGGCUUUACUUGACGACGCUCUGAAACGCAAUUGCGCAUGUAAUGGGAUUGGAUACAUAUAGGAUACUGUUUGACAGCUAGGCGCUAGGAAUAUACUUACAUAUCGUCAA